AUGCGCGUGUUCAAAAUUGCAGCCCUCGUGGGCGCCGUGUGUGCGACCACUGUCAUAGCAGCUGGACCUGCUGAAAUGGCGGCUGUUUUGCCUCAAUGCGCUAUGAAAUGCAUGAUGACUUCGGUGUCGGAAUCGUCCUGCGCGCCUACUGACCAGGCGUGUAUGUGCAAAGACGCUCAUUACACUGCGGUGCUUGAGAAGUGCGUCAUGUUGACUUGCAAUAUUCACGAAUCCUUAACUACCAAAAAUGUCACGUCAACAGCUUGCGGAGCUCCUAUCCGGAAUCGAACAAAGCUUGUCUCUUAUUCCGGCGUGAUCGGUGGAGUUCUAGCUCUUAUAGCUUUUAUUCUUCGAAUGAUAGCCCGCUUGAAUGUCUUUGGUGGUGUGUUCGGUAUGGAUGAUUGGACAAUGUUGUUGACAAUGAUUCUUCUUAUUCCACUCUCGGCUCUCUCUGUUGUUUUGGCCGACACCGGCUUAGGAAGGGAUAUGUGGACCAUUCCCUUCGAAAAUAUUACCCACGUUCUUUAUAUUUACUUCUGGGAUGAAUUGCUCUAUCUGAGCAUCCUGCCGAUGACCAAGAUAUCAAUCUGUUGCUUCUAUCUUCGCAUCUUCCCCGAUAAGAAGUUCAGGCUAGCAACUUAUAUCACGAUUGGUUUGAACGUCGGCUACCUUAUUGCUUUCGUUCUGAUUUCAGUGUUCCAGUGCAAGCCUCUGCCAGGCGCAUGGCACCGCUGGGACAAUCCGGAAGCUUACAAGUGCAAUGCUAUCAAUGCACAGGGCUGGGCUGCAGCUGUCAUUAACAUGGUCCUCGAUAUCACGGUCAUGGUUCUUCCACUGCGCCAGCUAUACCACCUGAACCUUUCCGUGAAGCGCAAAUCAUACGUGAUGUGCAUGUUCGGUCUGGGUAUCUUUGUCACACUCGUCAGUAUCUUGCGUCUGAAUUCACUCAUUCACUUUGCCUCUACAACCAAUCUGACCUGGGACUACGUGAGCAUCGGGUACUGGAGUACCAUUGAAUGCGACGUUGGAGUUAUCUGCGCGUGCUUGCCCGCCAUCCGAUCCCUACUGCGCCGCGUCGCCCCUGGACUCUUCGGGGACACUCAACACACCAAGUCUGGCUACGGGGUGAACUCCCACUCCCGCGGAAACUCCCGAAUGGGCAUCGGCAAUUCUCAGAGCAAGAAUGAUUUCUACCCGCUCGAUGAUGUGGAGCAUUCCGAUGAAGCCCGUCUCCACCACCCACACCCUGUGUAA